AUGGUUGCAAUCAAUCUUUCGAUUACUCUGAAGUUCAAUUACGGGGUGCUUAAUGAACAAACACCUAAAGGAGUAGUGCUUAGACGAAGCGACAGCAACGAUUCCGAUAGUGGGCACGUCAUCCGGCCUGAAGUCCGGCGUGCAGUAGGGAUGGACGGAAGGCUCUACACCGCCUGUGCCACCGGGAAUUUGCCGCUGUUACAGCAGUUGGCGGCGGUCGAUCCGGACAUCCUCAACCAGCUGGUGCCGUCUUCUGGAAAAACGCUAUUGCACGUGGCCGUCGAAUCAGGGCAGCUAGCGAUCGUCCGGUACCUGCUGGCCAACAGACCGGAGCUCGUGGACGAAACUUAUGGGUCACAGAGACUAACACCUCUACAUUUGGCAGCAAAAAACGGCGAGACGGACAUAAUCCGGGCGAUUCUAGAUGAAAAACUUAAAGCCAUUAAAGAAGUCACAAGUGCUGGGGAGAACAUUUUUCAUUUAAUGGCGAAGAAUGGUCAGCACGAGGCCUUUAGGUGUACUUACCUGGCAUAUAAUCCCCGCAAAUAUGCUAGGAAAAGUGAUGAGCAUGGAAACACCGUUCUGCACCUCAGCGUUAUGAAAAGAUCAAUGGAGUUGAUUGAUUUCAUACUCAAGGAGACGGUAGUGCGUGUGAACACUCGCAACGAAGAGAGGAAGACCGCUCUGGACAUUGCCAUUGAAGAACACAAUCAUCCUGAGUUUGGACGAAUGAUCGCUGCCCUCCGAGAAGCGCACUGCACCACAGGACGUGUAGGCAGAUUCUGGAGUCGUCGUGAGGCUCCGGACAAGCACCUUCACGGGGUCCUGAACACGACCGUCGUCGCAGCCGCACUCAUCGCAACCUUAGCGUUCUCGGCGCUGUUGAACCCCCCGGGCGGUGUGUACCAAGAGGGUGCUCUGGCAGGGAGGGCCAUUCUGAGCACUCACCGGCUCUUCGAUGUCUUCUUGUUCUUCAACGUGAUCGCGUUGCUCACCUCCCUCGCCAUUGUCGUCAUGCAGUCCACCUAUGUGGCGUUCACCAGAGACAGGCUCAUCUGCCGGUGGGACGUCUCGCAAACACUCACGGACCUCUCGGCCAUAUGCAUAUUGAUCGACUACGUGAUCGGUGCAUGGUUGAUAUACUGCCCCACAACCAAAAAGUUUCCAGUGAUGAUAACUGUCUCUGCAUUGGUUUUCGCAAGCAUAGGGGCGACCGUGGUGAAUUACCUUCUGCGGAAGCUGAGGAUUAGGAGGGAGCUCAACAUGAAUUGGGCAAUUGACUGCACUAGCUAA